GUGCCGAUCAUCUUCAGUCGAUCGAUCCCAUAUUUCACCUCCCUAAAAAGAUUUUGCUCCCAAUUAUCUGACAAAGUCUUGAGAUUCCUAAAGAUCUUACUUCUCCUGAACUGGUCUUUGUUUUUUACCUACCUACCCUUCUCCUGCUGCUACGUCGUCACUACCAAGUUUGAGUUAUUCUCUUCUCGGCCUUCUUUAAAGCACCCUCACCACCGCGCUUUCGAAGAAAUGUUGUCUGGCGGGGCUCUUCCCCAGACACUGGGUUCGAUCACUGCAACUAAGAUUAAUGAACUCUCCAAACAACGAACACUUUUCGAGAAGAGAAGAGCAGAGAUUGUACAAGCUGCCGAGGAUGCUCACAGUCUACGAUCAAAGGCCCAGGUUCUCCUGGAAGGUGUGACCAGGCUCAAGGGAUUCCCCAAUGAUGCACUUGACCAAGAGGAUCUAGACACAGACAGUUCAUCUAAUGAAGAAUCUGCCGUUGAAGAUCAGACUGAGCGCGCUAUUCACGCUAAUAUUCGUCGCUUCCUUCUGCAGAGCAAGUAUGAUCCUUCUGUCUCAGACCGCAGCCUGAAAAGUUGGAUUUCCCAGCUCGAACAGGAGCUUAGCUACCUCGAGCUAAGGCAUAAGCAUGCCGACUUCUAUAGCGAGCUAGUCACGGAAUGGCUGCGUGACUUCGAAGAGGUGGCUGCUUCUAGCUCGGCUUCGGACGAGGACGGGUCUCAAGGAAUGGCUUUCGAGAAUGUUGGUCGGUCAGAAAUGCACGAACAGCGAGCCACAUGGGAGUCUCUGGUCUUCAUAGAGACAGAUGUAGAUGGAACUGCCAUCAAAGCAUACCUUGACGGUAUUUUCCAAGCAACAACACCCUCACAGCAAGCAUUGAAGCAACUGCGGGACGCAGUCAGGACCUUUGGAACUGACUUUGCCUCGAAGAAAUCUUGGCUUGAGGUCGCUGACCUCAAGUGGGUAUCGGACUCAUUGCUGAAGUCCGAUUUGCUCACCAAAGAAAAGACGGCCGUUCUGAAGGAGUUCAUGCGCAACCCGGCAGUCGCCCAGGAGGUGGUAGAUGUCCUCAAUAUGCGCCUGGCUUCUCUUGACAACUGGAGCUGGCCUGCAGAGGGUAUCCCAGUGGAGAUGCGUCGCCAGCUGAAUGGCAAAUACCGGGUAUAUAUGGACGAAGAUCUGCUGGAUAGCCUCAUGUUCGAAUACCUGGGGAUGAAAUGGUCAGUUACAUUUCGAUCUGCCUUCAACUCGUUUCUUGACACACCAGCUUGGAACUUCCUUCGGGAACGAAUUCCCAGGCGCGAAAUGUCUCGCCGUUCUCGAUUCACGGGGACGAACGCCAAACGCCUUGGUACAACGAGUGUAAACAAUCGCCGAAAGGAAACGUACAAACAAGACUACUUUAUGAGCCUCCUACCUUCCUCGAUGGACGCGAAUAUGGACCCAUAUGGCGGCGAGGAUGCGGAGCCUGAUAACGCAAAAAAGAACCCACUGGAAACGAAGCACUCACUGCUACAUCUUCUGAUUACCGAAUCCCUCCUAUACACCUCGUUGCACGGCCAAUUCACUGCUAUUAGAUCUGAUUUCAAAUGGUUUGGACCCUCUCUCUCACACACUACCAUACUGGUGGUAUUGGAGUAUUUUGGUGUUCCACGACUCUGGCUGGACUUUUCCCACAAGUUCCUAAGAACUCCGGUAACUUUUGCACAAGACGGACCAGGUGCCUCCAAGCGAACUCGGAGCCGAGGUAUACCCAUGAGCCAUGCCCUUUCCACUUGUUUUGGGGAGGCAGUUUUGUUCUGCAUGGACUUUGCGGUGAACCAAAGCACAGACGGGGCUUAUCUAUAUCGGCUGCAUGAUGACUUUUGGUUCUGGGGUCACGAAGAGACUUGUGUCAAAGCCUGGACUACAAUGGAGAAAUUCACCAAGGUCAUGGGCCUAGAGAUAAACGAGGAAAAAACGGGAACAGUGCGCCUGAAGGGAAAAGACGUGGCAGACCAUCAUGAGCAGCCAUCUGACUCUCAGGAAAAGGAAGCGUCAGACCCCCUGCCUGAAGGAGAUGUUCGCUGGGGAUUCCUGAAGCUGGAUCCUUCAGAAGGUCGUUUUGUCAUUGAUCAAGAACAGGUCGACAGCCACAUUGCGGAGCUACAACGCCAGCUCUCAUCCUGCAAGAGCGUCUUCUCAUGGGUCCAGGCAUGGAACAGUUACUUUGGACGGUUCUUCGCCAACAACUUUGCGAAACCAGCCAUGUGCUUUGGGAGAAGCCAUAUAGAUAUGGCUAUAUCCACACUGAGUCGUAUUGAGCGAACUUUAUUUCCCGGAACCUCCAGCGGGGUGACCGACUACCUGCGCCAAGUGAUCGCAGAACGAUUUGGUGUUAAGGACCUCCCAGAAGGGUUUUUCUACUUUCCUGUAGAAUUCGGUGGGCUGGAGCUCCUGAAUCCUUAUAUCCCUUUCCUCGCAAUGCGCGAGAACAUCAAAGCAACGCCUAAAGGUCGGCUGCAUAAGGCCUUCAUGCAAUAUGAAGUCGAGUACCAUGAUUGCAAGCGGCGAUUUGACGAAGGGACUUCUGCUGAGCAAUCUACUUCUCUGGGAACUGAACUGGACGACGACGUGGCUGACAUGACUUUGGAGGAAUACACCCGAUACUCGGAAACUUAUAGCCGUCCACUUUUGGAGGCAUACACGGAGCUGAUCCGUGUGCCUAAGGAGAUCAGCAUCAAUCUGACGCCAGAACUGCACCGAAACCAGAUGUCUCUGGACGCGAGCGUUACCAAUGAGACCAAUGGUCGCAACACGAUCUCGGAUAUGUGGUAUAGUAUGUCAGCAUAUUGGCAGUGGACGGCAGAGUUGUAUCAGGAAGAGAUGGUAAAGACUUACGGAAAUUUAGCAGCUGUGAAUAGGGAGUCUAUGCCCCUGGGAGUGGUCAAGACGCUAAAGGAAGGCAAGUUCAGAUGGCAAAGCUGAUCAUGAGGGUGGACUUGCUUAUAUCUGUAUAUUUUUUCAUACUGGUAUACUCCC